GUACAAUUCAAACCUAAAACCAACUAUUCACCAUACUAAACAGGGUUUGAUUUUAUUUCAAGUUUAUGAUGUUGUUUUAUGAUUUCAGAUCUCAACGAUUUUAUAUGAAUUUUAGUUGAAGCUAAACCUUGUACUACUUUGUAAGUUAACAAGUAAAUACAGUAAACAUACAUAGUUUAAUACCAUGCGCUUAAUUUUCCGGGGUUAACAAUAUAUGUUGUACUUUAAAACUCUAAUAAAACAAUCGUAUAAAAUUCGAAAGGUGUUUGGACUGUUACCAAAUACCUGGUUUAUAAAGUCCUAUUCAGUGUGUUUUACUAGUUUGCGCAUGCGUUUUCUAUUUCGGGAGUGGUUCACAGGAUCAACAAGUAAAAGAAUUCGUCAUAAAAAUAUCGCAAUAGACGAAGACAAAUUGAAAAUGGAAGGACAAGGAAAGAAGUCAGGAGGCAGUUGUGCCAUGGCGUUUACAUUGAUUUUCAUCGGGGCGGCAGUCGGAUGUGGUAUUGCUGGACUCAUAACUAGCAGCUGGAUGGUGGCCGACAGAAAUGGGACACAACUAAAUCUCGGAUUGUGGGAAAGUUGUCCAAAAGGUACAAAUUGGUUCGGUGGGGCAGAACCAGAACCGGAGCCAGAAAAUACAAAUGUGACAACCCCAGAGCCAGGACCUGAGCCGGAAGCUAUACCAGAGCCAUUUGAUGGAUCAUGUGAUGUUUUCAUUGUAGAGCAAUUUGACAGAUUGGACCCCUGGAUAAUCACCUGUACCAUCAUUUCAACAGUGGGAGUUGUAUUCGCUCUUCUUGCCUUUUUCAUCGCCAUUGGAACACUAUGUUUCGCUGGUAACAAACACCUGCAUAUAUUCCUCAUGAUUGUGGCACUUUUUGCAGGUUUGCUUUUGUUUGUUGCGGUUGCCCUUUAUGGGGCUAAUGCCAAUCCUACUACGGGCGCUUACAGUUGGGCUUUAUCUACUGGAGCCACCAGUAUGAACUUUGGCUACUCCUACUUCCUUAUGAUUACCGCAUGUUUCACUAGCAUCAUUGGAGGUAUCUGUACACAGCUUUUGAUACAGUCCAGAUUCGAUUAAAUGGAACUCAGUGCUAAUGGGAGUGCUGAUAGAACACUGAAUAAAUCUGAUCUGAUGAACAUGUAAAAUACAAUAGAAGGGGAUUAUCAUUGAACGACUAUAACAACUAUACAAUCGUUGUUUCUUCAGAGGAAUUGUACACAUUCUAGCGUUGGUCCUUCAGGAGAGUUAACUUCAAAAGAGUGUUGGUCACUUUGAAGGACUAACUAUACCUAUACUAGCUAUAGAACUUCUUUCAUAAUAAUUUUACCUUGCAAAGUAUUAGUUCUUCAGAAGAACUAAAGAAAAGUAACAAUGAGAUUAUAAAAAAGUCUGGACAUUUUAAUAAACAGUUUUUGUUUAAGCAUUAAAAACCAAGUGAAUUAUAUGCAAACACUACAAUGAAUGUGGUAUGUCGUUCAGCGAACAGUGAUUUUUUAAAGAAAGUGUUAUACUUUAAGUGUUAAGUGUUAUACUUUCCAACUUUUACAAAUGAGUUUAUAUUUUAACACGGAAUUAAGUAUUAUAGGCGUUUUUAUCUAAGAAGCGUGUAUGAAUCAUGCACAAUGAUUCAUGUGAAAACUGUUAGGUGGUUGGAUGUAUGAAUGUAUAAAGGAGAAGUAUGUGUAUAUAUAUUUAAGGUGAAGUCCUAUUGACUGAAAAACCUCAAUGAUCUACUUUAUUUUAUAGUAUGUACAAAAUGGUACUUUGAUAACUAUUUCUUUCUAUAAAAUGAUAAAAUAUUCGUAGUGUUAACUUAGUAGUAACAUCCCAAUCAAUCUUUUAAUAACAGAAGAUGUGAAUUUGAGACAUACCAGGUAUUGGACAAAUAUAUUAAAAAAUAUAUGACAUCGUGCUUCGUGGAUGAUGUGUGUUAUACUUUAUAAAUAAAAAAUCGACGUUUCUUCCAAAUGUUAUUUGUUUUGUUUGGAACGUUAUGGCAUGUCGUAUGUUAAAUCAAACAAACUAUGUCGUAAAAUUAAUACACAUGUAGCCUUUAUGUGAAUACUUUAAGUGAAUACUUGACGAUCAAAAAGUAAGUGUUGUCCUGUUGUUCCCCAAACAUGUUUACCAUUCACCAGUUUAAUAGACGAAAGUAAUAGACCGUGAGUCAAACACAUUGACACAAGAUUUGAUGAACGAGUGAAUUCAGAUCCUCAAUUACGCCAAAUAAUUUU